AUGGCAAUUCGGGUCAAUGCAGUGCCUGCCUCUUGGGUUCACGCUCGGCGAUAUUAUCGAAGCCAGAAUGAAGAUGAGGCCAACGAUUUAAUCGCCCCUUUUGCCACCGUUCAAUUUUCCAUCAAGACCUCUGGCGGUCAUUCUACCGAUUCAUUCAACGAUCAGAAAGAGAUCGAACGCUUCCCCGACAGAAUCAAACAGCUAUAG